CGCGUGCCGUCUCGUAAACACAAUUUGAAAAUUGCGCUUUAUAACCUUAAAACUGUCACGCGAACGAAUCUUUGUUUAUGCAGUUUUGCAUUGUCAAAAUUUGUUGAAAGUGAGGUUUGAUAACAACUGCGAUGGAAGCAGCCGGCGUAGACUUAGGAUUCGCGGAGGAAUGUGAUCCCUAUCUCCUCACCAAUCGCUACUUCCCCAGUAAAGUUGGUGGGAAGCCUGCUUGGUUGGACUUGAAGAACAUACCGAAACCGGAGGAUCUCCAGUGCCGCCUUUGCAAUGAACCCAUGAACUUCCUUUGCCAGGUUUAUGCACCAAUCGAGAGUGACCCUGAUGCAUUUCACCGCACAAUAUUCCUUUUCAUCUGUAAAUCUAGUGCAUGUAAUAAACCAAAUUCUGCACAAAAUCUAAAAGCUUUCCGCAGUCAACUCAAAAGGCAAAAUGAUUUUUAUUCUCCUAUCGCUCCCGACGAGGAAGAGGAAUUGCCCGCCAUCGAAUGUCCCUCAAGUCUGUGCAAGGUGUGCGGCUGUCUAGGUCCAAUGAAGUGCUCGCUAUGCAAAAAUGCCUUCUAUUGCUCAAAAUCUCAUCAGCGGGAGGACUGGAGAAAUGGCCACAAGAUGAUUUGCAAGGAGAACUCUCAAUCAACUGAGCCGACGACGUCAACGAUUCCAUUCCCUGAAUUCGAUAUUGAAAUUGAACCAGAACACGAAAACGCACAAACUCAGAGUGAAGAUGACGAGGAAGCAGAAGCCCGCCGACAGAAGGAGUACGAGGAGUUGGUAAAAGAAGGGAAAACAGGAAAUUUGAGUGAAAUCUCUGAGACGGAAUUAGCGAAAUAUGCAUCAGCGGAUGACGGUGACAAAGUAUUCGGACAGUUUAAGAAAAGAAUAGCUGCUAGUCCUGAGCAGAUUUUACGAUACCAUCGCAACGGGGAACCACUUCUCAUUACCAAGCCAUGUACUGAUGAUUUUCUUGUGGCACCCGAUUGUGAGAACUGCGGUAGCAAAAGAAUAUUUGAAUUCCAGAUCAUGCCACAGCUCCUGAACUACCUGAAGGAAGAAAUCCUCGACUGGGGGACAAUCGGUGUAUAUACGUGCAGUGAAAGUUGCAGUACUAGCUCCAAAUACGUUGAGGAGCAUGUUAUCAAGCAAGAUAUUGUAAGUGAGCCAGCGAAUGAGCAGUCAUUGUAGUGAAUAAACAAGAAAUUGUAUUUA